AUGGCUGGCUGUGUGUUUCCAAUGGGACCAGAGAGCUUUCAGCGCUUCACGCCGGACUCCCUGGCGGCCAUCGAGCAGCGCAUCGCCCAGGAGAAGGCCCGACGCAACAAACAUUACCAGGAGGACCUGGGCGACGUGGUGCUCCCCCGGCCCCGGCCCGACCUGGAGGCAGGAAAACAGCUGCCGCGCAUCUUCGCCGACAUCCCGUCUCAUCUGGUGGGCGUUCCCCUGGAAGACAUCGACCAGUACUACUUCAAAGAAAGGAGGACCUUCAUAGUCCUGAACAAAGGGAAGGCCAUCUUCCGUUUCAGUGCCACUUCAGCUCUCUACAUCUUCAGCCCAUUUCACCCCAUCCGCAGAAUCGCCAUCAGGAUCCUCGUCCACUCAUUAUUCAGUCUGUUCAUCAUGUGCACCAUCCUGACCAACUGUUGCUUCAUGGCCAUGUCCGAGCCGGCGUACUGGGCCAAAUACGUGGAGUACACCUUCACAGGUAUCUACACGUUCGAGUCGCUCAUAAAGAUCUUGGCGAGGGGUUUCUGUGUGGGACCCUUCACCUUCCUGAGGGACCCCUGGAACUGGCUCGACUUCAGCGUCAUCGUCAUGGCAUAUGUGACUGAGUUUGUGGACCUGGGUAAUGUGUCAGCCUUAAGGACGUUCAGGGUACUGCGAGCGCUCAAAACCAUCUCUGUCAUCCCAGUCUUCGCCGUUUUCUGUCUGAGCGUCUUCGCCCUCAUCGGCCUGCAGCUCUUCAUGGGAAACCUGCGGCAGAAAUGUGUCCGCAGCACAGCGCACUGCUUCAACGACACCCUGCCGACCAACACCUCGUUCGUCUGCAACAACAAGACGUGGGCCUCCUUGAAGGACUUCGUCAACGACGAGGACAACUUUUACAAAGUGGAGGGCGCCAAGGAUGCCUUAAUCUGUGGGAACGGCAGCGACGCAGGAAAAUGUCCGGACGGGUUCGACUGUCUGAAGGCAGGAAGGAACCCAAACUACGGCUACACCAGCUUCGACACCUUUGGGUGGGCCUUCCUGUCCCUAUUUCGCCUCAUGACACAAGACUACUGGGAAAACCUCUACCACCAGACUCUGCGAUCAGCCGGUAAGACCUACAUGGUGUUUUUUGUGGUGGUGAUUUUCCUGGGCUCCUUCUACCUGGUCAAUCUGAUCCUGGCCGUGGUCGCCAUGGCAUACGAGGAGCAAAACCAGGCGACCAUCGCUGAGGCGUCCCAGAAAGAGCGAGAGUUUCAGGUGGCCAUGGAGAGGCUGAAGAAGGAGCAGCAGAAAGCUCUGGACACCGACUCGAUGAUGUCACCAGAUCUCUCUCCAUUCGCAUUGCCAUUGGACAUCAUGGAGGAGAGGAGGCGGAGUCAAGCACUAAUGGGAGUGGCUGAUGUGGAGGGGAACCUAUCGGAGGAGAAGUUGCUGCAGGUGGACAUGACGGAUGGGGGGAAGCCCCUCCACCCGCUCCUCGGCCGGUCCUUCUCCACCAGGACUCGGCGGAGCAGUCAGGUCUCCUCCAUCUUCAACUUCCGCCUGAGGAGCCGAGGGUCAGAGGGGGAGAUGGCAGAUGACGAGUACAGCGUGCCGGGCGAUGUGGUGGAGGGCGUCGGGGGUCGAACGUACAGCGGGGGGACCUUCAGCGGAAUCCUGCCCCACCCGUGGCCCAAACGAAGACCAAGCACCUUCAGCACCGCCAGUCGAGGCUCCCAGGUUUUUUAUCCAACUUUAAACGUCAACGGGAAGCUCUUUGUUGCCAUGGACCAGAACGGGGUUUCCUCAUCACCGCUACAGGGGCAGCUGCCUGCCUGUACCAUGGAGAAGGUCAAGGAGGAGAGUGUCCCCACGUCGACUACGGAGCUCAGCACGAUGCUGCUUCCUCGUCCUUCGUCCACACAGGAGUCAGUACGGAGGGGGAGAGCGCUCAGUGCCGCCAGCUACCUCACCGACGCCAUGGAGGAGCUGGAAGAGGCCCACAAGAAGUGUCACCCGUGCUGGUACGUCUUCGCCCACCGCUACCUUGUGUGGGAGUGCUCCCCCAACUGGCUGAAGCUGAAGCAGCUGGUUAAGAUCAUGGUGAUGGACCCCUUCCUGGACCUCGCCAUCACCAUCUGCAUCGUCCUCAACACACUCUUCAUGGCCAUGGAGCACUACCCGAUGACCGACGAGUUCAACGGCAUGCUGAGCAUCGGAAACCUGGUGUUUUCGGGGAUCUUCACAGCAGAGAUGGUGUUGAAGAUCAUCGCUCUGGAUCCGUACUACUACUUCCAAACGGGCUGGAACAUUUUCGACAGCAUCAUCGUCUGCCUCAGCCUCAUGGAGCUCGGCCUGUCGGACGUGGAGGGGCUCAGUGUGCUGCGCUCCUUCAGACUGCUUCGUGUGUUUAAGCUCGCUCGCUCGUGGCCGACACUCAACACGUUGAUCAAGAUCAUCGGCAACUCCAUGGGCGCCCUGGGCAACCUGACGCUCGUCCUCGCCAUCAUCGUCUUCAUCUUCGCGGUGGUUGGCAUGCAGCUGUUUGGUAAAAACUACCAGGACUGUGUGUGUAAGAUCUCAAAGGAUUGUGCUCUUCCUCGCUGGCACAUGAAGGACUUCUUCCACUCCUUCCUCAUCGUCUUCAGGGUGCUGUGUGGAGAGUGGAUCGAGACUAUGUGGGACUGCAUGGAGGUUGCUGGUCAGCCGCUCUGCCUCCUGGUCUUCAUGCUGGUCAUGGUCAUUGGGAACCUUGUGCUGUUGAACCUCUUCCUGGCUCUGCUCCUCAGCAGUUUCAGCUCUGACAACUUGUCAGCGCCGGACGACGAUGGCGAGAUGAACAACCUGCAUAUCGCCAUCCACAGGAUCACCAGAGGCCUGGGCUGGUGCCGCAGACAGGUGGUGGAUUUCUUCAACGGGAACCUGAAGCGUCGUCGUCAGAAGAGAAAGGAGGCCAAAGCCAUGAUGAAGCUCAAACGGCUGAGCACCAUCCACACAGAGGCCAACGGAGCUGUCAUAGGACGUCAUGUAGAGAAGUAUGUGGUGCCGGAGGACGACAGCUACAUGACGAACCCUAACCUGACCAUCAGUGUCCCCAUUGCCCCCGGAGAGUCUGACGUGGAGUUCCCAGAGGAGGAGGAGGAGGAAGAGGAGGAGGAGGGGGAGGAGGAGCAGAGCGAAGGCUCCGAGGGGGAGGAGGAGAGGGGUGAGACGACCCCUAAAGACGAUAUCAGCCUAUCAGAGGGCAGCACUGUGGACCUGAGAAAGCCUGGGGAGGAAGAGGAUGAGUACUCAGAGAUGGCUGAAGAGGCAAUGGACCCCGAAAACUGCUUUCCUGAUGUGUGCGUGGCCAGGUUUCAGUGCUGCGAUUUCGACACGUCAGCAGGUCUCGGUCAGUUCUGGUGGAGGACGAGGAAGACCUGCUACCAGAUUGUAGAGCACAGCUGGUUCGAGUCGUUCAUCAUCUUCAUGAUCCUGCUCAGCUCUGGAGCGCUGGCCUUUGAGGACAUCUACAUCGAGCAGAGGAAGGUGGUGAAGGUGGUGCUGGAGUACGCAGACAAGAUCUUCACCUAUAUCUUCAUCCUGGAGAUGUUGCUCAAGUGGAUCGCAUACGGCUUCAAGAAGUACUUCACCAACUACUGGUGCUGGCUCGACUUCCUCAUCGUUGAUGUCUCAUUGGUCAGUUUGGUGGCUAACACGUUGGGUUAUUCAGACUUUGCAGCCAUCAAGUCCCUGCGGACGCUGCGGGCUCUGCGGCCCCUCAGAGCCCUCUCCAGAUUUGAAGGCAUGAGGGUGGUGGUGAACGCUCUGAUCGGGGCGAUUCCCUCCAUCAUGAAUGUGCUGCUGGUCUGCCUCAUCUUCUGGCUCAUCUUCAGCAUCAUGGGUGUCAACCUGUUCGCCGGGAAGUUCGGCCGCUGCGUGAACCGCACGGGGUACAUCUACGAUAACGGCUUCAUCAACAACAAGUCGGAGUGCGAGGCGCUCAAUGACACCUCUCAGUACUACUGGACCAAAGUCAAGGUCAACUUCGACAACGUGGGGGCCGGAUACCUCGCUCUGCUGCAAGUGGCCACGUUCAAGGGCUGGAUGGAUAUCAUGUAUGCAGCGGUGGACUCAAGAUCGGUGGAGGAGCAGCCUAUCAAAGAGAGCAAUCUGUACAUGUACCUCUACUUUGUCAUCUUCAUCAUCUUCGGCUCCUUCUUCACCCUCAACCUCUUCAUCGGUGUCAUCAUCGACAACUUCAACCAGCAGAAAAGAAAGAUGAGAGGACAGGACAUCUUCAUGACGGAGGAGCAGAAGAAAUAUUACAACGCCAUGAAGAAACUGGGAUCCAAAAAACCUCAGAAGCCGAUCCCCAGACCUCUGAACUCAGUGCAGGGCUUCUUCUUCGACCUGGUGGGGAAGCAGGUGUUCGACAUCAUCAUCAUGGUGAUGAUCCUCUUCAACAUGAUCACCAUGAUGGUGGAGACGGACGAGCAGUCGCCUCAGAUGGAGAACAUCCUGUACAAAAUCAACCUGGGUUUCAUCAUCGUCUUCACCAUCGAGUGCCUCAUCAAGAUCAUCGCCCUGCGGUGCUACUUCUUCACUGUCGGCUGGAACAUCUUCGACUUCGUGGUCGUCAUCCUCUCCAUCGUCGGUAUCGUUCUGGCAGACAUCAUCGAGAAGUACUUCGUGUCACCAACACUGUUCAGAGUGAUUCGACUGGCCCGUAUUGGUCGGAUUCUGCGUCUCAUAAGAGGCGCGAAGGGCAUCCGGACGUUACUGUUUGCCCUUAUGAUGUCCCUUCCUGCUCUCUUCAACAUCGGGCUCCUUCUCUUCCUGGUCAUGUUCAUCUACGCCAUCUUCGGCAUGGCUAACUUCGCCUAUGUGAAACGACAAGCGGGUAUCGACGACAUGUUCAACUUUGAGACAUUUGGGAACAGUAUGAUCUGCUUGUUCCAGAUCACCACCUCUGCAGGCUGGGACAGUUUGCUCAGUCCCAUUCUCAACAACUCCCCUGAGGAGUGCAACCCCAACAUCCCGCACACCGGCACCACCGUGCGGGGGAACUGCGGGAAUCCAUCAGUGGGCAUCACCUUCUUUGUCACCUAUAUCAUCAUCUCCUUCCUCAUAGUGGUGAACAUGUACAUCGCCAUCAUCCUUGAGAACUUUAGCGUUGCCACAGAGGAGAGCACGGAGCCGCUGAGCGAGGACGACUUUGAGAUGUUCUACGAGGUUUGGGAGAAGUUUGACCCAGAGGCCACACAGUUCAUUGAGUACGCUAAACUAUCAGACUUUGCCGACUCGCUUUCAGAGCCGCUUCGCAUUUCCAAGCCUAAUAAGAUCAAACUGAUCUCCAUGGACCUGCCGAUGGUCAGCGGGGAUAAGAUCCACUGCUUGGACAUCCUCUUUGCCUUCACAAAGCGAGUCCUGGGCGAGUCGGGCGAGAUGGACGCCCUAAAGCAGCAGAUGGAGGAGAAGUUCAUGAUGGCCAAUCCGUCUAAGAUUUCCUAUGAGCCGAUAACGACGACCCUGAGGAGAAAACAGGAAGAAGUCUCCGCCACAGUGAUCCAGAGGUGUUACCGGAGGCACCUGAUUAGGCGGCAGAUGAAGGCCGCUUCCUACUUGUACCGCCAGAUCACCACACCCCGGCAUGUGGGAGCUGAAGCGGACGAUGGCGGCGAGGAAGCAUUCAGUGAGGACGCCCCAGAGAAAGAAGGGCUGAUCGCCACCAUGAUGAGGGAAAACUAUGGGUCUAGUUUGUUGGGGAUCGAGCGCUCGGAGACUCUUUCCUCCACCUCGUCCCCGCCGUCCUACGACAGCGUUACUCGAGCCACAUCUGAGAUAUUUCACCCGCUUGCAGUAAAAACAGAAACAAUAACUGUAGAGACUGCAGGCGGUGAACCAAGUGAACAGUCGCCGUCAGUGGUCACCCCUGACAGACAGCAGGGAACUGUACCAUAA